UUAUGCUGUCGAAUCUUUGUUGAUCGAGUGUUUGGUUGGUUGGUUGGUUGGCUGGUUGGCUGGUGAGUUGGCCUUGUACUCCAAGCUCUUGGUAUGGACUUUGGAUGCGGGGAAAUGCACCAUGUCCGGCACUAGCAGUAGACCAUCUGCAAGGAAGGAUCAGGAUGGGGAGAGGAAGGAAGAUGAGGAGGAGGAAGAGGAGGAAGAGGAAGAUUCGGUGGAUAAAAGUCAGGGAGGGAAGAGAGAAAAGACUCUCGAGAGUUAUGGUAACGGUGGCUUCUUGAGGGCUGUAAAGGCUAGCUCACACGAUGCAGUAUGCUCGCAGCAUACCAUUGGGGGAGCACACACAGAGCAGGCGGACCGGACAGGAGAGUCUGUCUCGUGUUGCCCGGGAUCAUCUGAGUCCACCGCAGGUGGUGUCACCAAAUCAAUUGGGUCAAAAAAGAAAGCACCAGCUUCUCCCCUUUUGCGCCCCGAUGGCAGGAGCACUGGCUCCGAGCAUGCCAUUGGGGGAGCACGCACAGAGGAGGCGGUUCGAACAGGAGAGUCUGUCUCAUGUUGCCCGGUAUCAUCCGAGUCCACCACAUAUUGCACCAAAUCUACGGUGGCGAAGGAAGCACCAGCUUCUUCCCCUUUGCCUCACAAAGAUAGGAGCGCCUGCUCCAAAUCCCUCGCUGCCACGACAAUCGCCAAAGCCGAAUUGAGGGAAAGUUUGCCACCAUUCUUUCUGCACCUGCAGGAUCUCCGGACACCUGCCAUCCUUAAUGACUCUGCCUGUGCCCUUGACUUUGGUCUUCCAGGAACGAGAAUAGAAGCAGAGGAAUUUGUUGGUCUGAGGUAUGUCUCUCCAUGGCAAGUGAGGAGCAACAUUUCAGAGAAUGUAACGAAACCGUAUGUCGAUGACCUCAGUAAUCUCUCAUUGCCCUCGUCUCUUUCAGCUCGUGUACCGAAGGCGAUUGGCUCCGUGAUUCCUGCCUUAGUCCCCAGCACAGGAGGAGAGAAGGAGAGAGUAGCGGCACGCCCUCCGCACUUUGUGGACAAUUAUGCUGGGAUGGAGCCCAAUGGCGAGCAUGAGGAGGAAGAGAGUGGUGCGAUCCCUGAGGGAAGAACGUCCCUUGUUGUUCUGUGUCCCUCCCCAGUUCCCAUUGACAUCAACUUACUUGCCAGAGCCCAUCACGAUGUGCUGGAUGUGGGAGGAGCUCGGACAGGUCGACACCUGCAGCAGGAUAACAACCUGUUCGAUACGGACUCUUGUGUACUUUCCCGUUCAGCUACAAAGGGAAAAGGUGUGCACAUCGAAACAGACAUUGCCAGUCAGGAAGGUGGCCGUAUCAGCCAUCUGCCACUCCAUCAGCUGCAACGAGGACAGCAAGAGUCCAACCUUUCCAACAUUGAAGAAAGCCAGGGGAUGCUGCUAACUGACGACUACGAGGAUCGCUGGCUUUCCUUGCUUCCCCGUCACGACAAAAGUAGCAGCCCUGCAAAGGUUGACGGCAUCAGGACUGUUAACUUGAACACUGAAGAUCAACCCCGAGGGCUUUUCCCUCGUCUGCCUUCCUUUGUACGGGGGGCUGUCAAAUUGGACGCUCUCCCUGGGGAAGAUGGCAGCAAGGGCGAUCAGGUCGAUGUGGGGGCCGGACAUCAGCCACCCAUCCAGGGCCAGUCAAGUGGCCACCAAUUGCAGACGGUCAAGCUGCACCAAGUUGACGGAGGCAAGGGUACAAUGCCAGAAAUGAGGGGGGAAGUGGUUAGUGAAGGGAGCGCGGUGGGAAGUGCCGGUUGUGAGCGAGCAAUCCUUGCCAUGAGGCCCAGCCAGAUGCAGUCUCUCAAUCUUGAGCAGCAGCAGCCUCAAAAGCGGGAGCAGCAGCAUCAGCAGGAGGAGGAGGAGGAAGAGGUGUUGGUAUGUACAGCAGAUGUGGAUGUUCCAGGGCACUCAAGUCAGAGAGCUGCAGGACAACUAUACUCAGCCUCUAAAGCAGGUAGAGAGGGGACAAGAAGAGAGAAGAGGAAGGAGAAGGGGGAAGGGAUGGCCGAGUCAUUGGUAAUGAAGGGUGACAACACAGUUCGAGUAACAGGUAGAGAUGGCUUGCCAGAAAGUUUUUCCGGGCUUUCAGGAAUGUCAUCUUCAACCUCCUCAACAACACACCAGGGCGCAUAUGGAGAAGGGGACCAAUGUCUGCACAUUUGGGAGUUGUUUUGGAAGGACGGGGGGCAAAGUGGCACCCUCCGAAGGCUGAAAUUUGAGACGAACAUGGCCGGAUAUCACUUAGUGAGGCAGAGGCUUCUGGCCUGGUCAAAAGCGGCGUCGACAAAUGAUGUGAUGAUCAUUGCAGCCCAGGCAGCUAUGAUUGCUUCUGGUGAAGGUGUGGGGGUUACACCAGCUGGAAGUUCAUCAUCGACAGGAACCCGGAGAACCAAAGGUAAACAGCUGAGGCAGGAGGGGCUUACUGAGAUAAUCAACAGGAGCAAGAGCUAUUUCCAUGGUUCAUCAGUUGACAAAAGCAGUAACCUGAGGCAUGAGCCCCGAGAUGUUCGACCUCUAGAUCCAAGUCGAAGUAAAGAUCGAGGGUCAGGGGAAGCAGGGGCAGGGGGGCACAUCGAUGAGGCGGGCCCAGGAGGAACGAGUGGGUCUCAAGCAAGAGAGAGGAGGUCUAAGGAAGAGGAAGGGAAUAAUGUCAUAAAGUGGGGGUCUGUCCUGGUGGAGGGCAAGUUCUUGCCAAAGAGGGAGGGCGAAUCUCUUAUUUUGAAAGAUGGUCACUUCAAAGCACUGGCUGCCGCACUGCCGCCAAGGAUCAGGUUGUCUGGCUGGGUUCUUCUGUACAGCUCAUUGCGGGAUGGGAUAAGUCUGAGCACACUUUACAGAAAGGUGAGCAAGAGAGGACCUUGUGUACUUGUUGCCAGGGAUUCCAAUCAGUACGUCUUUGGCUGUUUCACGUCUGAGGAAUGGAAACCAGGACAAAAGUAUUAUGGCAACGGCGAGUGUUUUGUGUUCCAGGUUCAUCCCGAACUCGUGGCAUACCGAUGGACUCGAGCCAACCACCUCUUCAUGUUCUCCACUCAUAAUCAUCUAGCCAUAGGUGGUGGCACCAACUACAGCCUGUUCAUUGACACCGAUCUUGCAACUGGGAGGAGCGGGGAGUGCGAAACAUUUGGCAGCAAGCCGCUGGCUAGUUCGAAGGAGUUCGAGCUGGUGUACGUGGAGGUCUGGGGAUUCUUACGAGGAGGGUAGGGUGGGUCGGGAGAGAAAGAGGCUUGAGCUCUGGGAGACUCCUUUUUUUCUUUUCUUUUUGGGAAACGUCACAGUGCAAGUCCUCUAUCCAGAUGCUGUGAGUGAACCAUCUGGACUGGGGAGUUGCUGAGAGGAUGGCUCCUGUCAUAUUGGUGGAACUCUGUGAGUGGAACUCUGUGAGUGUUUAUCCCUCUGUGUUCUGUGGGUCAUCUGAGAUUUUAGUACGAAGCGCUGACCUCUGUUCAUUUAAGUACCUGUCACACUGUACGGUAGCAAGAGUUAAUAAGACGCCGGUUACUACCCUGCCCGUAAAGCAGAUUGCGGUGAGGACUAUGCCCAGUGGUGGAUUUGAGCCUCAUAAUGGCUCUUGGUCCUCCAUAUCACCAUCCAAAUCUCCCCUGGGGAAGCCGGGAUGCUGUUGAACGUGGCAAAGUGGAGAGGAGGGUCCUGGUUUCAAAGAUGGCUGGAGCAACAAUGAAAUGGUAGUACAUCA